AAUACAUGUCCUGAAUUGUCAAAGGCGUCAACCAUAUUCUUUCUUCUUAGUCUUGUUGCUAUUUCCAAUUUUCUCUCAACAUAUCAUCAUUUUUUCUCUUCUCCUCCUUAUAUAAAUACCAACAAAUUUUGAACCUUUUUUCCAUUCAUUCAUUUCUUCUAAUACACUCUCUUUCUCUUCUUCACACAACACAUCACACUGCGGCGCUGUUGUCUGUUUAUCUGCUAUUUCUGUAUAAUUUUUAUUAUAUAUAUACACGAGUGAUUGGUUUAGUGGUAAUUGAUGGCUGAAGAACAGUUUCAACCUAGUGGAAAUUGGUGGGAGACACCAGCUAGAAACAUGAGAUUUGAAAGUGUUGAACAACAACAACAACAGCAACAACAAUCUUCUUCCUUUGGUGGUUGGCAGCAGCAGCAACAACAACAUCAUGAUACUAUGUCUGCUUCCGGUAGUUCUUCGGUUGUUUUUCAUGAAAAGCUUCAACCUUCAGAUUCUUCUACUUCAAAUAAUGACAACAACAACAACAAUAACUUGCAUAUGAUGAAUUUAGGACUUUCAUCUCAAACCAUUGAUUGGAAUCAAGCAUCUUUACUAAGAAGUGACAAGGCUUCAGAAGGAAGUUUUAGGUCUAUGCUGCAAGAGAAUUUGAAUUCAUCAAGCACAAAUUUUGAUCAAGAAACUGGAUUGAGUCAUUGGAGACAAGAAUCUUGUAAUAAUAACAAUGAAUUCAAGCAAGUGAAUAGAGGUUUCUCUUUGGAUCAAACACAGUUUAGUCCUCAAUAUAGUUCAGGAGAUAGUAACAUGAUAAGCCAAUUGGAUUCUUCAGCUUUGUAUGGUAACCCUUCCAUGUUACAAGGACUUUUAGGAACUGAAACUAAUCAAAUUCAACCUCAACAUGGUAAUAGUUCCAUGAAUUUUCCUUAUUCGUCAACGAGCUUCGGUUUGAGUUCAAAUGAUUUAAUUCCUUCUUGGUCUAAAAUACCUCAACAAAAACAACAACAACAAUUGCAUUUCACCAAUAACGCUCCUUUCUGGAAUGCUUCGGAGUCGAGUAUUAAAGAUUCUUCAUCUAGCUUCUUGCCUCCAUUUUCCAAUCCAAAUUUUGGUGCACAAACAAAGAAUAUAUCUGAAGGUAGGGACCCAAGUGGUGUGGUGAAGAAAAGUGGGAGUGAGCCUGCACCAAAAAGGUCCAGAAAUGAAACCCCAUCACCUUUGCCAGCUUUUAAGGUGAGAAAAGAGAAAAUGGGGGACAGAAUCACUGCACUUCAACAAUUGGUUUCACCUUUUGGAAAGACUGAUACAGCCUCAGUGCUCUCUGAAGCAAUUGAAUAUAUCAAGUUUCUUCAUGAACAAGUGACUAUUUUAAGCACACCAUAUAUGAAAAGUGGUGCUCCAAUCCAACAUCAACAGGGUUGUGGUAAAUCUAAGGAAGUAGAGGGUCCAAAGCAAGAUCUUAGAAGCAGAGGGUUGUGCUUAGUACCAGUUUCUAGUACGUUUCCAAUGACUCAUGAACCCACAGUUGAAUAUUGGACACCAACAUUUGGAGGAACUUUCAGAUAAUUAAUAAAUGUUUUUGAAGAAAAGAAAAAAAGUGGCACGGAACCAAUACUUGGCUACUAGGACAAGUCUUAUCACAAAACAUUGUCAAGUUGGUAAUGAUAUGAUGAAUGAAAAGAAACAACAUACAAGGCCACUUACUUAUGUAAAGUUUGUUAUCUCUGCAAAAAGAGACUAGAAAAUUGUCUUUAAAGAAGAAGAAAGGAAAAAGAAAUCUAACACUUUCAAAGACUCUUCAUUUUAGGGUUUCCGCAUUUAUUCGAUCCGUUUUUUUUUUUUUUGGUUUAGUCCAAUUCGGGGUCAGUUCUGACAUCAUGUGGUUCCAGCCCCCACCUGAUCGUAAUUUUGGGGAUCGAACCGUGGUCCUUCCUACCAAUUUUAGCGUCAAUUACCAGUGAAUCAGCUAACGAUUGGUAUAUUUUAACCGUAUGAACUUUUUAUUAAAAAACUGUCGUCUAAUAUAACCGUUAUUGCUGAAAUUUACUUAGAAAAUCCAGAUUCUUCGUAUAAAGAUAGGUCAUAGAAGAGCCGAUUGAAGUCGAGAUUUUGGGCAAUUUCGAGGAAGAGGAUAUUAUUAAAAUUGUUGUAAUAAUUGAAAGAUUAUAUGCUUACAAAAAGUGGGAUUAUAAGAAUGAGAAAGUUGGUGAAUAUAGGGAGGUUCUAAUUCUAAACUAGA